AACAACGGCUAGAGUACUCCUUUUAGACUUCUAUCUCCUGCUGGACAUUGGUUUUACAGACCCACUGCCCUCUGUCUUCCUCUCCUGUUUCUGUACCACCGCCCCCUGUCUUCCUCUUCGUCUCGGCAAACUCCGUAGCUGGACACUACUUAUCAUUCCAUCUCUCAAGGACUUCAUCUCCGCUGAAGCUUUAAGAUUCAAAGGCUGAUGCAAGAGAAGUUUCACUAGCCGAAGCCCUUAAGAUGCAUCUGACCAAGAGCAAAGAAGCUAGAACAGUAAGAGACUGGGAAUCAGUAGAAGAGGAGAGCCAUUUGGCAAUCUCAUCUGGUGCAGAUUCUUCUCCUCAGAUAUAUGCUUUAAAAGCAGAGGCUUCGCUGAAUCUCGGGAAACACCAAGAAGCCUAUACCAUAAUUCAAAAAGGGCCAAACUAUGACACAAAUUUAUGCAUCCAGUUUUUGGGGGCUACUGGUUGUUCUGAUCUAUUAACAACCAAAGCACAAGUUUACAUGGCAGCUAGCAGAUUUGAGGAGGCAGUGGCGGCUGCUCAAUGUGCAGCGAAACUUGAUCCAACCGAGGAGGCAAAAGCUACAGCAGAGAGGGCUCUGGCCUUGGCAUCACCUCGAUUAGAAGGCAACCAGCUAUUUAAAUCAUUAAGAUUCUCAGAUGCCUUGAAAGUGUACACUGAAGGACUACAACAUCAGGCACUUAAUUCUGUAUUAUUAUGCAAUCGUCAUCAGCGCACUUGUCAGCAAAUUGUUUGAGAUCAGAGUGCAAAGAGCAGGUGAGCCUGGAAGCAGAGGACUCCACUACAAAGGCUUUGGAAAGGCAUUGAGAAGAAGGCUUGAGCUGCAAUCCUGGUCGUCCCAGUUUGGUGAGCUGCAUAAAAGUUGCAGCCUCUUAGCAUAUAUGCAGUACCAUCAACUUGUGGAAAGAGGCUACACACCACUAAGAGGACUCUCUCUCCCAACAAAAAUUCACUUUGUAGACAAAAUCAAAUACUGCACAGCCCUCUAAUUACAGCACCAUAGCCACCAUAGCCCGUUGUCUAUCUCUUCUUCUGGGCGCGAGCUCAUGUGCUGCUUUUCAUUCCAUCUCUCAAGAUCACUACUUAAUUCAUCUCCCCUGGAGGUAUGUUGUGCAUACAUAUAUAUGAAUAUGAGUUCUCUAUGUUCUAAAUAACUAGCUUCCUUUGUCGUCCAUUGUUUAUUUAUCUUAAGUUCAGUAAUUUAGUUGCUUAUAAGGAUUGAUAAUUUCAUCUUUGUUGUGUUGAUGUGCGAACUGGAGACAUGUGUCAAAUAGCAGAAAGAUUAUAUUCAAACCUUCUGUGCCGAUUGCCAGUAAUUUAAUUGUGGCUUAAUCAUAUAAGACCAUAUGGAUAACAUAAUGUUCGUCUUAAGGAUCCAAUUCUAAUAUAAGUUAAAAUCCCAAUCUGAGUUGAUUUUAUAUUUGUGAUAGUUAAGGUGUCUUGUUUUGUGCAUAAGUGUGUAUCAGUAACACUUUGACAACAUAAUGUAAAAAACACACAGGAGAUAGAGUUUCUGCAGCAAGGUAAUGUAAUGUAAUCAAGAUUCCCACUGUUUAAAUAAUAAGACUUGCAUUUGUCAAUUUUGAAGUUAAAUCUUCUGCCUGAUAGUCUGAUACACUUCAAGAACCAAGAUUAUCAUAAUUUUUUGCUAGAUGAUAUAUGGCCUUUAGUCCUAUUGUUUGUGUAUGCAAAUAAUUAGUUAUCUCCUAAGCUCUCACUUAGUAAAACUUUGAAAGCUAUAUACAAAUUGUAGACUGGUUUAUGUUCCUUUGUUCUCCAUGUACAUAUAUUUUAAAACUUUGGAAGGUAUAUAUAUUCAGUUGGGUUGCUCUUAAAAUAUUUUUCUGGCAUAUUCCCUCAUAGUCUCAUGUGUUGAUCACAGGAUAAAAUAUCUGAAAAUUUUGAAUAUAAAUAUAUCAAAAUCAGUCAAGAAUGCAAUAAAAUGUGGAGUCUAUAGGUUCAACAUUUCACAUUUUGUUUGAUAGAAACCACUUUCAUUCGUUAUUCGUUGCAUAUAAACUAUAUGUUGCUCUACACUACUCUAUAUCGGUCGGUUAAAUAUAACUAUGAUUCAUAGGUAUAGUAUAGCACAACUGCGAACUAUUCUUUAAAACAUAAAGCAUAGCUAAUGACGAACUAUUGAACUAAUCUGACAUUGCUCUUCUUCCCCGAGAAUAAAUGGCCCAGUGAGAUAGCUAAUGGCCAGCUUUCCCGAUCAUUUGUGUUUAAUCAUUAUUAGUUCACUUAUAUUAAGGCUUAUCGGAUAAUAUUAUAAUCAAGUUUGGUAGCUAGGGUAGUUUAAGAACCAAGAUUGAGUCAGAUAAAGCAUUGGUUCAUGUACAGGCCUUGAUGAGCAUGCUCUGUGUUAAUUAUCAUAUUCUUUUUUUGUAAAGGUAAUAAUUUGAUAUGCAGUGGAAUUACAUAUUGCAAGAUCUCGGCUUAUAUGAUCUCUUUAUGGCUACUAUAUGGUCUAAAUUAAGUUUAUAUCUAUACUGCAUCCAUAGUAGUGGAUUUCUGGUUAUAAUAAGCUAAUUAACAUAGGUAUAAUUUGUAGUCCUAUUUUUUGUUCAUGUUUUUUGGUUGGUCCUUUUUUAUACUCUCGUCUCAUUGCUGCCAAAACUUAAGAAUCGUCUCCUAUUACAAUUCUACCUCCUAAGUCCUACCCCACUCUCUCUCAAUCUCUCUCUCUCUCUCUCUCGGAUUCAUAUUCAAGAGAGGAACAGAGACACUCUCAACCACUCCCUCUGUGUACGAUUCACCAAUUGAAAAAAUGGCUACGAUUAACAAUCAAGAUAACAACAACAGGCAAAUCAAUAACGUUGCUUCCUCCAAACAGCCACUUCAAUCUGCCAAAUCGAUCGAUACCCAAUCUGUUCUCAAAAGGCUGCAGGCGGAGCUGAUGUCGCUAAUGAUGGGAGGUGAUCCUGGAAUUUAUGCAUUUCCUGAAGAGGACAACAUAUUUUGCUGGAAAGGAACAAUUACAGAGAGCAAAGAUACGAUGUUUGAAGGAACAGAGUAUAAGCUAUCCCUUUCCUUUCCGACGGAUUAUCCUUUCAAGCCUCCAAAGGUUAAGUUUGAGACAGGGUGUUUCCAUCCUAAUGUGGAUAUCUAUGGAACUAUAUGCCUAGACAUUCUUCAGGAUAAAUAGUCAUCAGCUUAUGAUUUGAGGAUUAUACUGCUUUCUAUACAGAGCCUUCUUGGAGAACCAAACACGAGUUCCCCUUUGAACACCUAGGCAGCAGCACUGUGGGAAAAUCAAGAAGAAUACAGGAAGAUGGUGGAGAAAUUGUACAAGCCUUCAGCUUAGCUUCUAACUUCUUUACAUUUGGACAGCGUGAAAGGGGAGGAUGAAGGAGAUUAUUAUUAUCAUUCUUAUAGUAAUAGAUCGCAUAUCAUAUUGCCUUUCCUCCUAUGUUCUAUUCCUUUAAUUCUGUCUUGCAGAGAGGGAUUUCAAUGGCAUACCUAGCCAAAAUUGUUAUUGUACAACUAUUGCAUAAUUCUGCAUUUAGUUCUGGCUAAGAGAGGGAUUAUUAUUGUUUCAAAAAAAAAAGCCUCCUAAGUUCUUAUAGAGGUUGCAUUUCACUUGAAUGGUCUUGGUUAUUUUGCUUAAAAAAGGCUAUCAGUGAUCUUUUACACUCCUGGCUUCUACCCUGUCCAUCCCCUUUUACUUGCCUACAAGACUAAUCUGGUACAUUUAUUAUGGAGCACAACUCAACUGUAGCCUGAAUCUUUCAUGAGAGUGUCGUACUUGUAAUUAUCUUUUAAUUUCUAAUUCUAAUUCAGAUAAUAUCUGAAAAUAGGUAAUAGAUGCCUUGAAGAUUUAUAGCCUUUUCUUAUAGGCUCUUAUGUAAAUUCGUUACAUCUUUAUGGAAAAUAUAUAUAGAUCCUGAUAUGUAAUUUUAUUAGAUGUUCAAUUGAUUAUUUUUUAUUGUG